GUCAAUGUCAAUCGACGUUAGGUCAAUAAGUCAUAAACACGUCAACGAACUUCUGCACAGCCGGAAAAUAGGAAAUAAUCAUUUAUUUACUUGUUUCAAUUUAAAAUGUUGAGAUAUCGAGGUAAAAAGAAAGUGUUGGACAAAGUCAGAGAGUUUGAUGCCUUUCCUAAAGUGCCUGAUGAAUAUGUGGACAGUACACCUGUGGGAGGAACCUUUUCUAUUAUCACAUUUUUUAUUGUACUCUGGUUAGUUUACAGUGAAAUUACUUAUUAUCUAGACAGCAAUUUGGUAUUCAAAUUCUUGCCCGACACAGACAUGGACGAGAAAUUGCGAAUAAACAUUGAUAUAACAGUCGCUAUGCCGUGUUCGAAUAUCGGUGCUGAUAUCUUGGAUUCUACUUCACAGAGCGUCUUUGGGUUCGGAGAAUUACAAGAAGAAGAUACGUGGUUCGAAUUAACACAAGAACAGCAAGACGCAUUCGAUGCGGUGAAGUAUUUAAAUUCAUAUCUCAGAGAAGAAUACCAUUCUGUAUGGAAACUUCUAUGGAAAAAGGGACAUGGGUCGAUUCGAGCGACGGUACCGCCACGUAAAACAAAACCGAAUCGCCGGCCAGACGCCUGCCGGCUUCACGGAGUUUUAACAUUAAAUAAAGUUGCUGGAAACUUCCACAUAACAGCUGGUAAGAGUUUGCAUUUGCCAAGAGGUCAUAUUCACUUAAACAUGCUCUUUGACGAUAUGCCCCAAAACUUCAGUCACAGAAUACAUAGACUCAGCUUCGGCAGUCCAGCGUAUGGGAUAAUAUACCCUUUAGAAGGUGACGAAAAGACCACUGAUGAUGAAAACAUGUUGUACCAAUACUUUAUUGACGUAGUUCCAACUGAUGUGAACACAGCUUUUGAGUCUAUAAAGACAUUUCAGUAUUCAGUCAAAGAGUUGGAAAGACCUAUUAGCCACUCGAAAGGAUCGCAUGGAGUGCCAGGAGUUUUUUUCAAAUAUGACAUGGCUGCAUUGAAGAUUAAAGUGCAUCAGGAAAGAGAAAAUUUAUUACAGUUCAUGCUUAGACUGUUUUCCAUUAUUGGAGGCAUAUAUUUUAUUAUAGGAUUUAUUAAUACGGUAGUGUUAUCGCUAAGAACAUUAUUCUUUAAGAGGGUCGCUCCUCAAGUACUGUUGCAGAAGAAAAUACUCGAAGAUAAAAGAACACAGGUGAACCCGCUAUUGAUUACUCCAGAACUUAGUGUUCCAGUAGAUUUAGUAAAGCAAUGAUAGUUAGUAUAAUAUUAAGAUAAUAAUUUUGUACAUAAGAAUUUUAUUUUUUCUUUUCCAAUGUGACGUAAACAAUGUAUUUAUUUAGUGCUCCACCUGAGAAAGGUGCCUUAUGGUAGGUAUUUUGUAUGUGUUUUAUUUGUGAUCUGAAUAGUUUUUGAGUAGUAGAUAACAGAAAUAUGUGUAACUAAACACCCACCACAAGGUACCUUUACAUAUAUAUAAAUAUAUUAUAUGUGGAAUGUCACAUAAAUAUGUUUUAUAUAGAGGAGAAAAUCUCAUUCAAGUCUGUAAGUCCAGUGGGUUUUUAUUACAUGUGACAUCACAGAGAAACAUAAUUAUAGAAAAAUAAAUACAAUAAAUUUCAAUUUUGCUACAUUUCAUAUCAACUGUGUUGCCAGGCUAUAUAAUGUUGUCUCACAAGCCAAAUAAUACUGCAAUAUUGCUUUUACACUAUAUUAUUAGAUACCAUAUACCACUUUAUUUGAAAUAUUUGUGUAUAUCUAUACUAUUAUUAUAAAGAGGUAAGCGUUUGAGUUUAUAUGUUUGAGGCAGGUAAUCUCCGAAACUACCGAACCGAUUUCGAAAAUUCUUUCACCAUUAGAAAGGUACAUUAUCCAAGACUGCUAUAUUUUAUUUCAAAAUUUUCACAGGAGCGAAGCCCCGGGCAACAUGUAGUUAAUUAUAUUUUAAAUAAGUUAUAUUCAUAUAAUAUUUGAUAAUUAUAUCUAAAAACUAUACUAUAUUUGAUUAUACGCUUCUAUUUCUACAUUUUCUAUGAUUUUUAAUUAUAUUUACAUAACUAUUCCAUUUUUAUUAGACAUUUUAAUUAUAUGUGAGAUGUCAAAUUGAAUGACUAUGAUAUGAAACAGCAUGGAAUUAGUAUUAACAUACAACAAAUUAACUACUAAUUACAUGUGAAAUGUAUGUAUGUGUGCGUGUGUGUUAUAUACCUAUGUAUGUGUAAUAUCUCCUACAGUUUCUUAGUAUUUUUAAUAAAGGUUUAUAUAUUUUUUUAGAAAAAUAAUUUAAUUCCUACAACUAUCAUGUGGCCGUUGUCAAUAUAGAAUGUGAAUAAUCUAUUUUGUUUAUUUUAAAAUAUUGUUUAAGCAACUGUAUGAAAUUCUAUAUAAGUCAUAAUAUUGUACAUUCAUCUCUCUCACUUCAAAAUCCAGGGUCAUCGGUAAUAAUAUAAAUCUUGAAAAUAAAAAAAUUAAAACGUUAAUAUGUGCAUGUAUUUCAACUAUUUAUCAAUAGAUGUCACGUGAUAAGUAUCAGUCAUUGUUUUAAUGUUCCUAUGUUAAGCAUUAUAAUGAAACCUUUCAACUGUAAGCGUUGUAGUAGAGUAUACAAAAAUAAAGUGAUUAAUGAAAAAUACGUGUCACUCACGUGUGAUCAUCAACGGAAAAGUUGACGAUAGUUUGAGUAUGGUAUCCGUAUUGUUGCAUUUACUAGCUGCCCGUCCCGGCUUCAUUCGAGGAAAACCAUCUAAAGAAACUAUAUUCAUUGGUGAUAACCAUACAAAAAUCUGUCGGGUACUUACUUUAUGAGUUUAUCGCUUCAUACAGACAGAGAGACUUGACAAAACUUUAAAAAAAUAUUAUGUAAGGAUAAAGAUAACACCAAAACUACUUGCAAAGGUACAUUUAAGUAUCAGAAGUUUCCUUGAUUUUGGUUUUCUACUUUGAGUAAUGUUUUUAAUUUUGAUAGCUUCUUUUCUGCCCUAAAAAUAAAUUUAUGUUGACUGAGUAAUUUUAAGAAUUAAAUCUAUGUUUUAAAAACAAUUUUAUCUUUAAUCCAUGUUUAACUUUAUUUAUUUUAUUAUCAAAUACUUUGAAUGCUAAACUACCAAUCAAAACUGCAGUAAGUAAAAAUAUCAUAAAAUAUUCAUGAAUAAAGUUGAAUAUAAUUUGA